GAUGCGUUGCUUUCUUUCGAGGAACUAGAAAGGAAGCUCACUAUUUCGUAUUAUUCGUUGCGUGUCCAGAGAAUUCGAAAGCAAAAAAGCGAAAGCAGAAUUUCUGAUCGGCGAAGAUGUUCGGGAGGGCUCCAAAGAAGAGCGAUAACACUAGGUAUUACGAGGUCUUGGGUGUUCCGAAGAACGCUAGUCAGGAUGAUUUGAAGAAGGCCUAUAGGAAAGCUGCGAUCAAGAACCAUCCUGAUAAAGGAGGCGAUCCUGAAAAGUUCAAAGAGCUUGCCCACGCUUAUGAGGUCCUGAGUGAUCCUGAGAAGCGUGAGAUAUAUGAUCAGUAUGGAGAGGACGCACUCAAGGAAGGAAUGGGGGGUGGUGGUGGCGGCCAUGAUCCAUUUGACAUCUUUUCAUCGUUCUUUGGUGGGUCUCCAUUUGGUGGUGGCAGCAGCAGGGGACGAAGGCAGAGACGGGGUGAGGAUGUGGUUCAUCCAUUGAAGGUCUCUUUGGAGGACCUCUACCUAGGGACGUCAAAGAAGAACUCUCUUUCUCGGAAUGUGAUAUGUUCAAAGUGCAAUGGCAAAGGUUCAAAGUCCGGAGCUUCAAUGACUUGUGCUGGUUGCCAAGGUACUGGUAUGAAAGUGUCAAUAAGGCACCUUGGUCCUUCAAUGAUUCAGCAGAUGCAGCAUCCCUGCAAUGAAUGCAAGGGAACUGGUGAAACUAUUAACGACAAGGAUCGCUGCCCACAGUGCAAGGGAGAGAAGGUUGUUCAGGAGAAGAAGGUGCUGGAAGUGAUUGUGGAGAAGGGCAUGCAGAAUGGGCAGAAGAUUACUUUCCCUGGUGAAGCAGAUGAAGCGCCUGAUACAGUUACUGGAGAUAUUGUCUUUGUCCUUCAGCAAAAGGAACACCCUAGAUUCAAGAGAAAGGGCGAUGACCUCUUUGUGGAGCAUACGCUUUCCCUUACUGAGGCCCUUUGUGGUUUUCGGUUUGUGUUAACCCACUUGGACGGCAGACAGCUCCUCAUUAAAUCAAAUCCAGGAGAAGUUGUUAAGCCUGAUUCUUUCAAGGCAAUCAAUGAUGAGGGAAUGCCCGUGUAUCAGAGGCCAUUUAUGAAGGGGAAGUUGUAUAUCCACUUCACUGUAGACUUCCCUGAUUCUUUGGCCCCUGAUCAGGUGAAAAAGCUUGAGGAGAUCCUGCCUUCAAGGCCAACAAGCCUGUUGACGGACAUGGAGCUAGACGAGUGUGAGGAAACUACUCUGCAUGAUGUUAACAUUGAAGAAGAGAUGCGGAGGAAGCAGCAUGCUCAACAGGAGGCUUAUGAGGAUGACGAUGAGAUGCCUGGUGGGGCUCAGAGGGUCCAAUGUGCACAACAGUGAUCAAAUACAAAGAAGAAAGAAAAAGAAAUGGAAGAAUUGGUGAAUGUUAAUUCCGCUUGUGGUACUUUAUAAUUGUGAGCUGCUGUGGAUGGCUGAGAAUUUGAGGGAAAAUAUGAUAAGAAUUGUACUAGACUUGCGUUGAUGAUGAAAUUUUGAAUGGGGGACUUGGAAAUUUAUGACUACUUUUCAUGAUGUGAUGGAGAUGUGUCGUGUCUUAUGGCCCUAAAACAACUUCAACAUCCAAUCUAUUGUUGGAAGAAGAUUUUCUUGUAAUCACCUAUUCUCGGCUUAAAGUGCCUUGUUAUUUAA